CAUAAAAGAGACGACUAUACAUUGGCCGCGUUUGGACGGCUAAGUAAUAAUUACGUUCAAAUUGGAAAGCGAGUGCUGAAACUUCGGAUACAAUUGCAUCGCCAACUGUCACGUGAUAGACUAUUCAUCCAUGACUCUUGACUUGAAGAUCUUGCAAGGCUUGUGUCACUGUAAAAGCUGAUGACGAUUGUAUUGCAUUAGGUGGGAAAUUAAACUUGCACAAGACAAUAUUCAAAACCAUCAGUAGUAAACUUGGUUGCCGGACUCGUGCUCCGGAAUUGGCAUGAGGCUCUACAUAAGAUCAAGCAGAAUGAUAAACACACCCAUGCACAGCAAUAAGAUGCCUCGCAUAACAAUCUACAACGCCUCCUUCCUGCCACCGCUUUCUUUCAUCUUCUUCAGCUUACUUGCCCUGUGUCCAAAUUUGCACGCCUCAUCUGGAACCUUCAAUGAAUCCGAUGCCCUUCUCUGCCUCAAAUCUCAGCUCCGCGACCCAGGAGGAGCACUAGCAUCAUGGAGAAACGACUCCCCUGCGUUCUGCGAGUGGCACGGGGUGACAUGUGCCACUAAACAGAACGCAUCUCGAGUCAUCGCACUGGAUCUUGAAUCGGAGGACAUUUCUGGUAACAUCUUCCCAUGUGUUGCUAACCUCAGCUUCCUUGAAAGGAUCCACAUGCCCAAUAAUCAGCUCAAUGGCCAUAUUUCUCCAGUCAUCAGCCGAUUAACCUGGCUUCAGUACCUCAACCUCAGCAUGAACUCCCUUAGUGGUGAGAUACCAGAGACAAUAUCUUCGUGUUCUCGCCUUGAGGCCAUCGACCUUUAUAGCAAUGCAUUACAAGGUGAGAUCCCUCCAGGUCUUAGUCAGUGUUUGUCUCUUAAAAGUAUUAUUCUUAGCAACAACAAUCUUCGUGGGAGCAUCCCUCCAGAACUUGGCUUGCUUCCCAAUCUUUCUGCCCUGUUCCUCCCUAGCAAUUAUCUGACAGGCAACAUUCCUGAGUUUUUGGGGAAGAGCAACUAUCUGACGUGGGUAAAUCUACAGAAUAAUAGCCUUAGUGGACGAAUACCAGCCGCUCUAUUCAACAGCACAACCCUUUCUUACAUAGAUCUCUCAAACAAUAACCUUUCUGGGUCUGUCCCGCCUUUCAGGCAGUGGCAGGCAUCGUCCUCAGUACUGCAGUACCUUAGCUUAGAUAAAAAUAAGCUCUCUGGAGAGAUUCCUCACUCACUUGGUAACCUUGCUUCCUUAUCUUCAUUACUCCUUUCUCAUAACAAUUUACAUGGACAGAUCCCAGAGAGCUUCAGUAACCUUACAAGUUUGAAAACACUAAACCUCAAUUAUAACAACUUGUCAGGCACUGUUCCACCAGCACUUUAUAACAUCUCUUCUCUUAUUUUUCUUGGCCUUGGUGCCAACCAACUCGUCGGGAGGCUUCCUGCCGACAUUGGUAACACCCUUACAAGCAUCACAAAUUUGAUAUUGGAAGGGAACAAGUUUGAAGGGCCAAUUCCUUCUUCCCUUGACAACGCCUCAAACUUGCAAGUUCUAAACCUUCGUAGCAACACAUUCGCAGGUGUUAUUCCUUCACUAGGAUCCCUUUCCAAAUUGAGUUACCUAGAUCUGGGUGCUAACAGGCUUGAAGCUGGAGACUGGACUUUCUUAUCCUCUCUAAAAAACAGCACCCAGUUACUCCAAUUAUGGUUGGAUAGAAACCACCUUCAAGGAGUAAUAUCUACUUAUAUUACCAAUAUUUCAAAAAGCUUAAAGGUCCUCGUGCUGAUAGAAAAUAAAUUGACAGGACCUAUACCAUCAGAGAUUGGAAAUUUCAUGAACCUCACUGUCCUUCAAGUAGAUAACAACUUACUCUCAGGAUAUAUUCCAGACAUGCUUGGAAACCUCCGAAACUUGUCCAUCCUAACCUUAUCCCGCAACAAACUUUCUGGAGAAAUACCACAAUCAAUUGGUAAAUUGGAUCAGCUUACUAAGCUUAAUUUUGGGGGAAAUGAUUUGACUGGACUCAUACCUUCUAGCAUAAAUGGUUGUAAACGUUUGACGACACUCAACCUUUCUUCCAAUAGCUUAUACGGAGCUAUACCUGAGGAACUAUUUUCAAUAUCUACGCUUUCUGAAGGCUUAGACCUGUCGUAUAACCAACUCACUGGAGACAUACCAUUGGAGAUUGGUAGAUUAAUUAAUCUGAAUUUACUAAGUCUUUCCAACAAUCAAUUAUCAGGUGAGAUUCCCACCACACUUGGUCAGUGCCUUCUUUUGGAUUCUCUCCACUUGGAGAAAAAUUUCCUGAAAGGAAGCAUCCCAAAUUCUUUUAUCAGCUUACAAGGCAUCUCUGAGAUGGAUCUUUCCCAGAAUAACUUGUCAGGUAGAAUUCCUGAAUAUUUUGAGUCCUUCACCUUGUUACGUUUUCUAAAUCUAUCCUUCAAUGACCUUGAGGGGGCCGUCCCUGGAGGUGGCGUGUUUGCCAAUGCGAGUGACGUGUUCAUCAGAGGAAACAGCAAACUGUGUGCAACUUCUCCAAUUCCGCAUGUACCACUCUGCAGGACAUCAGCACAUAAAAGGAAGAGUACAAAAUAUAUUGUAUCUGUAGUAGUUCCACUUUCUACUAUGGUUGCAGCCAUCGCGGCAUGUGUUGCAGUCAUUAUUCUGAAGAAGAAAAGGCAAGCUAAGACGCUCACUGACCAAUCACUCAAGCAGUUCAAGAAUUUCUCAUACACUGACUUAUUCAAAGCAACAGAUGGUUUCUCUCCAAACAAUCUUGUUGGUUCAGGAAGAUUUGGAAUGGUAUACAAAGGUCAGUUGAAGUUUGAAUUAUGUGCAGUAGCCAUAAAGGUAUUCAGGUCCGACCAACUUGGAGCACCAAACAACUUCCUCUCUGAAUGCGAGGCUCUAAGAAACACUCGCCAUCGGAAUCUUUUAAGAGUGAUAAGUGUAUGUUCAACCUUUGAUCCAAUAGGAACUGAAUUCAAAGCGCUCAUUCUUGAGUACAUGGGUAAUGGUAACCUAGAGGGCUGGCUCCAUCCAGAAGAAUACAGAAAGAGCACAAAAGGACCACUGAGUUUAGACUCACGGCUUAAAAUAGCUUUGGAUGUUGCUGCUGCCCUAGAUUAUCUUCAUAAUCGAUGCGCUCCUCCUUUGGUUCAUUGCGAUCUAAAGCCAAGCAAUGUGCUUCUGAAUGAUGAAAUGGUUGCAUGCCUUGGUGACUUUGGGCUUGCAAAGUUUCUAUCCAGUGACUCUUCAACAUCGAGCAUUGCAGGACCCAGAGGAUCUGUCGGAUACAUUGCACCAGAGUAUGGCAUGGGGUGCAAAGUUUCAAUUGAGGGUGACAUCUACAGCUAUGGAAUCAUGCUUCUAGAGAUGAUCACAGGAAAGCGUCCAACCGAUGAGAUGUUUAAGGACGGUAUAAACCUUCGCGGCUUCGUGAAGUCAUCCCUUCCACUGAAAAUAAAUGAGAUCUUAGAACCCAAUCUCACCCGAUAUCUUGAAGGUGAAGACAUAGAUCAAGUAAUGGGUGGGAUCCAAAAGUGUGCUCUGCAGCUAGCUAAUCUUGGCCUGGUAUGCUCUGAGAUGUCUCCCAAGGACCGGCCAACAACAGAGGAUGUUUAUGCUGAAAUCUUAUCCAUUAAAGAAGAGUUUUCAGCUAAACUGGAUACCAGUGUAGUGGUCUCACUUUUGCAUCAUGGUUGUGUCUGAGAAAAGACUUAUCUGAGGCAGUGGAUUAAAUAAAUAUGUAAUUCCAAGGCAAACAGAAUUGAUAGAUAAGCUCCAAGUAUAGGAAACUGUAAUAAUACAUGGACAAUCUCUGUUCCACAAGAGAACAAUUUGGUGUAUGUUAUUAAGUUUCAACCCUCAAUGUUGUGCUAAUUUAGACGAUAAACAUUUUACAUAGA